ACAGCGUGCCACCUUCACGAAACAUUUAUCAAACCACAAAAGGAGACGUGAGUGAGGGAGUCGAGCUAGCUGCAAAUUAAGAAGUUGUAGACAGAAGGUGUUUGAUCCAUCGAUGGAUCCCGACCCCUUUACUGCGAGUUUGUUCAAGUGGGACCCGCGUGGGGUAGUCUCGCCUCCGAACCGGCUGCUGGAAGCCGUGGCGGCACCAGCCGCAGCUGCGACGGCAGCAUACUCAUUACGGCCGAGAGAGCUUGGAGGGCUGGAGGACUUGUUCCAAGCUUACGGGAUUAGAUACUAUACGGCGGCAAGGAUUGCAGAGCUUGGGUUUACAGUGAGUACGCUGUUAGACAUGAAGGACGAGGAGCUGGAUGACAUGAUGAACAGCCUCUCUCAAAUAUUCAGGUGUGAUCUUCUCGUGGGGGAGAGGUACGGUAUUAAAGCUGCAGUUAGAGCCGAGCGCAGACGCCUCGACGAGGAGGAGUCUCGCCGGCGCCACCUCUCCGCCGACACCACCACCAAUGCUCUUGAUGCGCUCUCCCAAGAAGGGUUGUCCGAAGAGCCGGUGCAGCAGGAAAAGGAGGUGGUGGGAAGCGGCGGAGGUGGCACGUGGGAGGUGGUGGGCGAGAGAAGGAAACAGAGGCGGAGGAAGAGCCUGAGGAAAGUGGUGGACGUUGAUUAUGAUGAUAACGAGGGUGCGGAGGACGAUGACAAUGGUAAUGGUAAUGGCAAUGGCGGUGGAAGUGAGAGACAGCGGGAGCACCCUUUCAUUGUGACGGAGCCCGGUGAGGUUGCACGUGGAAAGAAGAACGGUCUCGAUUACCUCUUCCAUCUCUACGAGCAGUGCCGUGAUUUCUUGAUCCAGGUCCAGAACAUAGCGAAGGAGCGCGGUGAAAAAUGCCCCACCAAGGUGACGAACCAAGUGUUUAGGUAUGCGAAGAAGGCUGGAGCUAGCUACAUUAACAAGCCCAAAAUGCGACACUACGUGCAUUGUUAUGCGUUGCACUGCAUCGACGAGGGAGUCUCCAACACACUGAGAAGAGCAUUUAAGGAGAGAGGAGAAAAUGUUGGGGCGUGGAGGCAGGCAUGCUACAAGCCUUUGGUCGCCAUAGCAGCACGCCAAGGAUGGGACAUUGAUGCCAUUUUCAACGCACACCCGCGACUAUCCAUUUGGUAUGUACCCACCAAACUUCGUCAACUUUGUCACGCUGAGAGAAACAAUGCCACAGCUUCCAGCUCUGUUUCUGGAGGGGGUGAUCACAUGCCCUUCUAAAUUACAAAUAAAUUUGAAUGCACGGCCCUGAUGAUCAGGGCAUGACUAAUUAAUUCAUGUAUGACCCCAUAUAUGUACAUAUACAUAUAUGUAUAUGUAUAUGUUCUGUACGUUAUAAUUUAUGUUUUUCGUACGUACGUACUUGGUCGUGUAAUAGUAAGUACUCUACUGAAUAUGAUGAUGGCCAGCUAGCUUGUGGGAACUUCCAACUGCUUAAAUAUUCGUUAUAAGUUUGCUACAAGUAAUUCUACCAAUUAAAGACCA